GGUGUACGAUGAAAUUAAGCUGAAACACCCCAUCUACAUUACGAUAAUCUCUGUCUCUUCCAGCCAGCUCCAUAAGUCGGUUUCAGGAAAAAGAAAUCCCAAAUCAGUGGGACAAGAUAAACCCUAGUGAUACUUUACCAUCUCCCAACUGUAAUAUUUUAAUUGAUACUUCAAAUUUCGAUCGGGGAAGAUGAAGGAGGGGGAUGGUAAAGAUAGAAACGAUAAUCCUUGGCCGUCGUCUCCAAACAACCCGUCCCAAAAAGAGGACAUGAAACUUUGGGGAGUUUUCCUCUUCGGAUUAAUUGGCGCCACCGUCACCACGUUCGCGGUUGGUCAGUUGCGAAGAACUGUUGAUUGGUUUUACUCUCAGGUAUUGAGCAGAUCACAGACAUGGAAAGGAGGAUCAGGCAAAUCAUUCCGAUCAUCUUUUCAGGAGGAAGCUUGGAAAAAAUACAAUCGACGGAUGCAAGAAGAGUAUGAAGAAGAAAUGGAAAGAGUGGAACGGAUAAGGCGUAUGCAAAAUGUGUUCAAUAGAGAGAGGAAUAAAUACAAAAGGGGAUACGAUAGUUGGAGGGAAAAAGAUUAUAGUUCUUAUCAUCAACAUUUCCAGCGAGAUGAUUGGUAUUGGAAGUCUGAUACAUCUUUCAGAGACAGAAGGGCUAACUAUAGGGAAGCUCCUAGAGAAAAUGUUAGCUACUCCUUAUCUCAUCACUACACGGUGUUGGGUCUUGAUAGGUUCCGAACAAAACCCUACACAGAAGCUGAGAUUAAGACAGCAUUUAGGAGCAAGGCGAAGGAAUUUCACCCUGAUCAGAACCAAGACAAUAUAGAGGUUGCUGAAGCCAAGUUUAAGGAGGUAAUGACUUCCUAUGAAGCCAUAAAGAACGAGAGAAAGGCCGCAUAGUUUUGUAAAUUCAUGGCUGCCACUCUCUCUCCAAGUCCUACAAGGCUACAACUGGAGAUUUUGUUAUUAAUUUUUUUGUCCUACUAAAUUUUGAAGCAUCUGCAUGCUAUUGCUACAUUUCAACUCUUUCGAAGAGUACUGGCAGAUCGCAGAGUGUCUUACAACGUAUAAAGAUUGAUUUCACCUGAAAGAUUUGGCGAUCUUGUGCUACGCAGAAGGAGCCUCAUGUACAGUACACACAAAAUAAAAAGUAUUCUCUUGAGAGAACAUGCCAUCAAAUCAUACCUAAAAACAGCCAAAGCCAAUGUAAUAAUAUCUUGUGUUCAUAUUAUUUUUCGUAACCAACUAUGUAAAUUUUCUUCUGAAAGCCUCUUUUAUUUCACAGCAUUGCUAUGGAUACUAAGGUGUUUAGCACCACUAUGAGGUAUGAGGUAGGUGUUCUUCUAUAAUUGGUUAGUAGUUUUUUUUAUAAUAUUUAUCAAAAUAAAAUAUGGAGAUUUGAUAUUGAAUGACACCAAUACCGAUAUUAUAUUUUAUAAAGGUGUUAAGCACCAUAUGUGUAUUUUAGCA